CGGCAUGUGUCUGCUGCUGUUGGCGCUGCUGGCGGGAGUGGGGGCGCAGUACGAGCGGUACAGCUUCCGCAGCUUCCCGCGGGACGAGCUGAUGCCGCUCGAGUCUGCCUACCGCUACGGCCUGGACCAGUACAGCAGCGAGAACUGGCCCGAGAGCGUCAGCUACCUGGAGGUCAGCAUGCGGCUCUACCGCCUGCUGCGGGACAGCGAGGCCUUCUGUCACCGGAACUGCAGCGCUGCCGGGCAGCCGCCCGCCCCCGUCGGCGGCGAGCUGGCCGAGCUGCGGCUGCUGGCUGGGGUGCUGCGGCGGGCGCAGUGCCUGCGGCGCUGCAAGCAGGGGCUGCCUGCCUUCCGCCAGGCCCAGCCCGGACGAGACCUGCUCCGGGAGUUCCAGCGACGCGAGCCCUACAAGUACCUGCAGUUCGCCUACUUCAAGGCUAAUAAUCUUCCAAAAGCUAUUGCAGCAGCUCACACAUUUCUUCUGAAGCAUCCAGAUGAUGAAAUGAUGCAAAGAAAUAUGGCCUACUACAAGAGCAUACCUGAUGCUGAGGAGCAUAUUAAAGACUUGGAGACAAAGCCUUAUGAGAAUCUCUUUGUCAGGGCUGUGAGAGCAUACAAUGGUGACAACUGGAGAACAUCCAUCUCAGACAUGGAACUGGCUCUUCCUGAUUUCUUCAAAGCCUAUGAUGACUGUACAGCAGCCUGUGAAGGCUCCCGAGAGAUCAAAGAUUUUAAAGACUUCUAUCUCUCCAUUGCAGAUCAUUAUAUUGAAGUCCUUGCAUGCAAAGUGCAGUGUGAGAGUAAUCUGACACCUAUUAUAGGAGGCUUUGUUGUUGAGAAAUUUGUGGCCACCAUGUACCAUUACUUGCAAUUUGCUUAUUAUAAACUAAAUGACAUGAAGAAUGCAGCUUCUUGUGCUGCUAGUUACCUUCUGUUUGACCAGAAAGACGAAAUAAUGAAACAGAACAUGGUCUACUAUCAGUACCACAAGGACAAAUGGGGACUUACAGAAGAGGAUUUUCAGCCCAGAUCGGAGGCAGUUCGAUACCACAACAUAACCACACUCCAGUUGGAAAUGUAUGAAUUUGCAAAGGAGCAUCUGAUGGAUGAUGAUGAGGGUGAAGUUGUGGAAUUCCUUGAUGACCUAUUGGAAGUGGAGGAAAAGAAGGAAUCCUCAUGAGUGAAAUCAACGCAAAGUGUUUUACAAAAGUGAAGAUUGCUCAUAGCUCCUUACUAUUGUUUUUGGGUCACCUGUAGUUCCACUUAGAUAUACCUCAAAGCUGCUCCUUUAAGCUCCGCCUUAUGUCUCAAAAUCCAGCCCUGAAAGAUGACUUCCAUGCUGCACUGACUCUCCUGUGAGCAUGGUUUUCACUGUGUGUUUACAGAAUUGGUGCAUUGCUUGCUUGCCUUUACACAAACACAACGAAACAGACUGUUUGGGCUAACACCACAGCUCCUGAUUUCAGUGCUGUUCUACUGAGUUACAACAGUACUGCUAGAUUCCAAAGAGCUUUUGUCAGAUUAUGAACCACAAAAGAUACAACAGUGCCUUAAAACUUUCUGAGCUAUAUGUUUUAUUAUUUAUAUGUGUCUUUUUCUGUGAUGAUGAAUAAAGUGAUACUGAAUCCCAGUGCAGCUGAAAGAUGUCAAGAUACAUUUACAUGGCUGAAAUAAGAUGGAAGGUUGGAAGGAACUUUUGGAGAUCCAGGAAUUAAGAUGAUUAUCAAAGCA